AUGUUGCAAGUAGCGGCGGUCGACCUUCACUUCCAUGCUUUCCCAUUCCAUGUGACGCAUGACGUUCUCGAGAGCUGCACUGAAAAGUUUGGGCUGGAUGGUAUCGGCCUGUCGAGCCCCUCUCCUCACGUCGAUGAUGACUUCUUUGUAGAAUGGCGGGAUCCUGGUGGUGAAGUUGUAGAGCUCACGAAGCAUCAUCAUAUAUCAAGUAGGAACACCAUGAUUCCAAAACGCAAACAUUCUAAUGAGUCUUGUAACGGUGUGGCUGUGAUCGAUUGUGCUGAACCUCUCCGAAACCCUACUUGCCCAGAUAGCAGGCAAAUUGAGAGAUAA